UCACUAUAAAAAUGUUCAUAUAAAAAAAGUAUCGUUUAAAUAAUUUAGGGAAAAAAACGAAAUUGCAAAAAUUAAAAUAAUAAAUAAUAAUAAAAUAAGUCAAUCGGUAUAUUCUCAUGACUUCUGAUGCUGAAAAGCACAGAAAUAGAUGACACUUUAGCACGCAUUCACACAGAAAACAGCCCUUUUAAGAUUCUACAAAUAUUCCCGUUUUUUCUGUGACUUCAGAAAAUCUUGAUUCGUCCCAUCGUCGCUCCAGGCCUUUUCUAUCACGCAGAACUCAUCGCGUUUUUGUGCAUGAUCCGUGCAUGAAAUGCAUCGGUUCCUCUCGGGGCGCCUGGUUUUAAAGCGGAGCGCCCCGCUGAGACGCACCAUUCUUCCGGAGGCAUGGAAGACGGGAUCUCUCCGGAGGCCAGGGAUCUGGGCAGGGCUCUGUGCGUCGUCACCGGAGCGUCCAAAGGCUUCGGCCGGACGCUGGCCUUCCAGCUCAGCUGUCUCCUGAAGCCCCGGUCCGUCCUGAUGCUGGUCGCUCGCAGCUCGGAGCAGCUCCAGCAGCUGAAGAAGGACAUCGUAAACCUGCACGGACAGAGCGCGCUGGACGUCCGCUGCGUACGGGCCGACCUGGAGAAGAAGGAAGGCGUGGAAAAAACGGUUCAGGCUGCUAAAGAGACUUCGGUGUCAGAAAUGGAGCACAUACUCCUGAUCAACAACGCAGCGUCUCUGGGCGACGUGUCUCGCUUCGCUCUGACCUUCACGGAUCCACUCGAGGUCAACCGUUACCUGUCUCUGAACGUGAGCGGAGCUCUGUGUCUGACGGCCGGCGUCCUGCAGGCCUUCCCUCGGCGUCUGGGUCUCCGGCGCUCCGUGGUCAACAUCAGCUCUCUGUGUGCGCUCAAACCCUUCCCGUCCUGGGUGCUGUACUGCUCCGGGAAAGCCGCCCGAGACAUGAUGUUCCGGGUGUUAGCCGAGGAGGAGCCGGACGUAAGAGUGCUCAGCUACGCACCCGGUCCUCUGGACACAGACAUGCAGCUUCAGGCGAGGCGUUCCUCGGGAGAUCUUCAGCUCAGACGCUCCUUCUCCUCCAUGUUCUCCGAGGGUCAGCUGCUGUCCUGCGAGGAGUCCGGAGCCAAGCUCAUGAAGCUCCUGCUGGACGACCGCUUCCGCUCCGGAGCGCACCUGGACUUCUACGAGCUCUGAGGCCCGCGAGCUCCCCCGCUGUACAUACACCCCGCUUAAAAAUCUAUAAAUCUGGUUAGAAAUAUGCUGCGUUUUUAUAAAAGGAAUAAACGAACGACUGUUCUGCCGGUCCGUGUCUUUCACUGAUGAAGCAGCUGAGGACCUCUAGUGGAGAUCACGCACAAACACACAGAGAAAGACUGAAAUGUAAAAACAGGGUCAGAUUUGAUUUAAAAUGUUUUAUGUAGUAAAUGAGAAGGGUUCUAAUUAAUAUUCAUAAUCUGAGACAAAAUCGAUCAACAGUUAAUCAACGGUUUUCAAUAAGUGAGGAUUUUGUAAAAGCAUAGAAUUAAGUUUUGUGUUGUUUUUGGUGCUGAUGUUUUUUGACGUGAUACGAGCAGAUUCAGAUAAUAAUAAAAAAAAAAAUUAUUUGGGGGAUAAUAAAUUAUGAUAUAUAACAGGCAUAAUAAAAAAAAGCAUUAUUAAUGUAGAGAAGGAAAGAAUUUAAUUAGUAUUAAAUUAAAUCAACAAUUCAAUAAAAAAAAUUAUGCUAACACCAUGUUAAAAUAUUGUUUAUUCAUUUAC